GUCCAUUUCCGCCAGUUCACUGCUGUGACCACGACACGACAAUCCGAGGCUACGACAUUCCUAAGGACACAAUCAUUAUGACCAACUUGGACUCUCUUAUGAUGGGCCCACACGUUGGGGAGAAUCCUGAAGACUUUCGACCAGACAGGUUCAUCAGUGAGGAAGGCAGACUUGUACAACCUAAGUGGUUUAUGCCUUAUGCCACAG